ACCCUUUCACUUUCGAAUUCUUCGUCACGCACAAGGAAAUUAUAACCGGACACGUCGUCGAACGCCUUCGUCGUUUUUGAAAGCUUAUGCACCUUCGAUAUAGAAAUAGAUAAAAGUUCAUAUUUUGCACCACGUUCAUACAUGAUGGCUCUUUUCGACGUAAGCGGAUUCAAGACGUAUUCCGAACUCCGUGGGCAGAUUCUUCCAGCGGGACCGACGCACCUCGUGGACCGAACCAACCACUACAGUUUUGGGACCAAAACUCAAGAGUUUGCUGUUCCUCCGGGUGUCGACCCCUCGGGGUUUCUCAAGUCCUGCAACCGAGACGGAGGUGUGUGCAUUGACCUGGACCACGGGACGACCACGCUGGCCUUCAAGUUCAAACAUGGAGUCAUCGUGGCUGUGGACUCCAGAGCCUCAGCUGGCAGUUACUUAGCAUCCAACGAUGUCAACAAGGUGAUAGAGAUCAACCCCUACCUGCUGGGCACCAUGUCGGGCAGCGCCGCAGACUGCCAGUACUGGGAGAGACUGCUGGCCAAAGAAUGCAGACUGUACAGGCUGAGGAACAACCACAGGAUCUCUGUGGCUGCUGCCUCCAAGCUGCUGUCCAACAUGAUGCUGGGUUACAGAGGCAUGGGCCUCUCCAUGGGAAGCAUGAUCUGUGGAUGGGACAGAGAGGGCCCCGGUUUGUACUAUGUGGAUGAUAACGGGACGCGUCUGUCUGGCCGCAUGUUCUCUACCGGCUGUGGGAGCAGCUUCGCCUACGGCGUGGUCGACAGCGGUUUCCGGGAAGACAUGACGACAGAGGAAGCGUAUGAGCUGGGUCGCCGGGGCAUAGUUCACGCUACGCACAGGGACGCCUACUCCGGCGGAGUGGUCAACAUGUACCACAUGCGGGAGGACGGAUGGAUAAAGGUGUGUAAGGACGACGUAUCAGAGCUGAUCCAUCGCUACAGGAAGGGAAUGUUCUGAGUUUGACCCCGACACACGGAUCAACCUCCACAGUCUGAAAAUGGUCCAAUCACAGGUUUCUGUUGAAAAUGAUGUAACUUUGUUUUAAUAUUGAUUGAGAGAUGAAAACUAUAUUGUGGGGGUGAGUGCGUAACGUAGUGAGCGGUGAAGGAAAAUGUAAUAGAACAGUGAAUGUGAACUGACCUUUGUUUAGUUAUUGUUCUUUAUUUUAUGUCAUGUCCUGUACAUGUUGGACAUGUUGACACUGUAGCUCUUCAGUGUAGAAUUUUGUCUCCGCUCACACACGGAUCCUAAUAAAGACUGUUGUUCUGCUCA